GGGCGUGGAAUAAAGCAAGAUAAGCGAGUCAUAUAGUGUUGUAAAAAUAACAUCGUUACAGAAGUGUCGGUAGUCUUAAAAUUCCCCACUUUUUAUGGUCUCGGAUUUGUUUCAUCUUUGCGGGAGUUUAAUUUUAAAAUAAUUUUGGUAAACUUAACGUCAAAAGAAUAUUUAGACAGUGCGAGCAGUGCAUGGCUGCAUUUUAGACAUCAUGUGUUAAAGUUCGUUCUACCAAUUGACCAAUAAUUAAGACACGUACUUUAAUAAUUUAUCGUAAUAACAAGUGUUAUGGCUGUUACAGUGGAAGAUCUAUGUUCCAAUCUUAAUAAAUUAUUAAGUGAUAUAUGCAAAUUUCUAUCGGAUGAUGUAAAUUAUGAAAAAUUGUCACCCUAUGCCCGAAAACAAGCAGAUGAAUUAAUUACGAGAUCUAAAGAACAAUUGCUAAGCAUAACAAGAGUUUCACUCGACAAUAAUGGAGCUUAUGUUGAUAUGGAAAUGAGACCUAAUACUGCAGAAAUAAAUGAAGAUGACACAAAUGAUAUUUAUGCUGCAGUAGAUGAAUCGACAAUUGCACGGUGUGUAACACCAGUUGUAGAAGUGUCAAUAAACCCUUAUGCUAAUUUACCUGCAAAAGAAGUAUCUCAGGAAAUCAAAUACGGCUAUCUCACGUGGAGGUAUAAAAUUAUACUUAAAUUUGAGAAAAAUCGUCGAGUUUAUGCAGCCUUACACGACAACUGGUUAUUACUAUAUUCUUCUGUGAAAGAUCCCAAACCGUUUCAAACCUUUAAUCUCAAAAUUCACAAAGCUCAGAUUGUACCAACCAAACAAAAUAAGAAUCUACCACAAGAUUUUGAACUAAUUUGUACUCUAGGAGAGGAAAAAACAUACUAUUUCGUUACGUCAACAUAUAAAGAUGUACUCCAGUGGAUUUCACACAUUAAUAAAUGUCACAAUAGCCUCAACUGCUCAGAGCCAUCGAUUUCAGAUGAUGAGAUUUCCGAAACCUACGACACGAUCCUUGAACCACUUGACAAAGACAAUGAUGUUGAAACAAAUGCUCUCUAUCAAAAUAAGCCACCAGACUUGCCUGCGCGAGGACGCAUUAAAAAAAAUAUUGCCUUACCAUCAGUUCCAGUGAAAGAUAAUGCAUCAAAUGGAUCAUUAUCCAGACAUAGUGACAUCCAGUCAACAUCAUCCGUGAAUAGCAAGAGUUCUUUUUCGACAGACAGUGAAAGUGAUGAUCCCAUUUACGAAGCAUUUGUUGAACCCCAAAAAGUAAUAAGCAAUUGCGGUACUGAAUCAAAAUUUUCUGUAAAACCAGCGAUAUUAACAGAAAAACCAAAGCUUGGCUCUAGAUUAAGAAAAUAAAUAUACAGUGCUGGGCUAAAAGUUGUGCCACUGUUACCGUUAUACCAAAAAUGUUUUAAUUAUUAUAAGAAAGUUUUGUACAUAUUUUUUUUAAAUUUAUAGAUGUAGGUUAACAGUGCUUUUAUUAAUAAAUAUUUACAACAUUAGUAUCUAGUUUAUGUACGAUUUAAGAAAUAAAAUAAAGCACUUAAGUUUAUAAUUAUAUUAUAUAAAAUCAGAUCAUACCCAACAACAUUAUUAAUGUGCAAAAAUCUCGUAUCUAUGUCGGUUUUUGAUAUUUUAGCAGUAGUUUUCAAUUUGAUCUUAAAAUAUUAUCAUUUGUCUAUAAGUGACUCACAUAAAAGGAUUACAUUUUAAUAAUAUCAAAUAUAGUAUCAGAAAUAUAUUUUGCUUUCUUGUUUGUGUGAA